AUGAAUGACAUGGCACUCCCCAAGGCAGUCAAUCUAUUCGUUACUGCGAGUUGGUUUGAUACCCAUAUGGGUAUGACAGGGAACAAUGGCCCAAUCGGUGUUCACAAGGUGUCUGGCGAACUGGCACUCCACAAUGUCACCUUUACGUACCCAUCACGUCCUACUAUCCCUGGCCUCUCCAACGUCUCAUCUUCCUCCCUGCAAACGAAAUCACGUUCCGUUAUCGGCUCGUCCGCUUCCGUCAAAUCCACCGUCGCUCAGCUCAUUAAGUGGGUUACAUCACCAUCGACGAGCACGACGUCCAGUUCCUCGAUGACAAGCCCACGUUACAGGGGUGCUCGGUUCUGA